AGUCCGUGACUUGUGCUGUAUCUAGACGCUCGUUGGACAAACUACGGUACUAUAUUGAUAACCACCAUGAAACCGUGUCUGUUCUAUGGUAGUAGGGAUGGGGACAGUUUUCUAUAUUAUGCUGCAAAAUGUGAAUACCAAAUAUGAUACUAAUAAAUAUGCCGAUUUGUUAGUUUUGUAUUUUUGAUAUGUAAGCAUUUAGGUUUUUCCGUUUUUAUUCGUUUUACUUCUCCAGUUCUUGUAGGCCUGUUGUAACUUGUAACUUUUCUACUCGUCGUAUCGGCUGCUAGCUGCUGCAUCACCAUAUUUCUGUCGUACUCGUACUGUGACACUCACGUCUUACACCAUAUUAGUAAUAGUAUACUUAUACAAUAUAGUGUACUCUAAUACUGUAUAGGGACUAGUGACCAGACCAGUGGCAGUGUUGAGUAUUCCCCCUAAACUCUUCACCCCAUGGACGCGAGAUAACCUAUUAAAUUCUAUAUUUUCAUUGUCUUGUCUACGCGUUCAAUACAUCAUACAUCGUACACCAUAGUGCAUAUUCGUGCAUAUUAAUAAUUUUUGAUUAAAAUAAAAAUACAUACCCAAACAUGUCUGACGAUUUUGUUACAUUUAACAUUCGCUAUAAAAAAGCAUUAUUUGAACUUAAAAUAAAAACUCCCGGAGAUGUAUCUGGAUUUAUUGAAAAACUGAAAGAUGAAUUAAAAUUAGAGGAAACGGAUGAAUUAGUCAUUUUAUGUCCAACACCUGAUGGAAAAAUGAUGGAAAUCCAUUCAGACGAUGAUAUUGAAUUUUUAAAGAAAACAAAACUUGCCUAUAAUGCUGUAACCAAAGAAAUUUAUUGCAAUGUAGAACUUGUGGUAACUGUAAUUCAUGAACUGCCAGAUGACACAAAAGCUCAAUUUGUGAUGUUAUCAAAUAAAAUUGAUAAAUUAGCAACCAAAAUUGAUGGAUUAUCAGAUGACUUAACUAAAAAAAUUGAUGAAAAUAAAACCAGUACUUUUUCAAGUAUUAGGUCGAUUUUGGCUGAACACUUAGACAUAGGUUCUGGAAACAAAUCCAAGAAUAAUUCCUUAGGCGAAGAAGACCUAGACAUAAAGCCCAACCUUGGUGUGCGCCAGAAAAAAAUCAAGAAGGACAAGGAAAAGUUGUCAUCAACUGCAGGAACUAAUGAUAACUCAUCAACCACUUCUGAAAACUUAAAAUUGGAUGCACAAACAACAGCUCAACGUCUCAUACCCAAAGAUAUUGAUAUGUUAUUAGAGAUGUUAGUAGCAGAUGGAUUUACCAACACUAUACAGAAUAUUAUAGUAUUGAAGAGAUUCGAUAACAAUUAUGAAAAAGCUAAAAAUUAUUUAAAGUCAUCUGCUACAUAAGAUCAAUUAUUAUAAUUUUUGUUAAACUUUCAAUUCUAUUGCUAAGAAAUUUUAUUAUUUAAUAAUUAUAAUUCAUAUUACACU